AAGGGAAGAAGCGCCACUGACAGCUAGGAUAGCAACAUGGGAAAUACAACCACCAAGUUCCGCAAAGCUCUCAUAAACGGAGAUGAAAACUUGGCCUGCCAAAUCUAUGAGAGCAACCCACAACUGAAAGAGACUCUUGACCCCAACACUUCUUACGGAGAAACGUACCAGCACAACACUCCGCUGCAUUACGCUGCUCGGCAUGGGAUGAACCGCAUUCUGGGAACUUUCCUUUUUGUUAGAGACGGUAACCCAAAUAAACGGAAUGUGCACAAUGAGACAUCUAUGCACCUGCUGUGUAUGGGACCUCAGAUCAUGAUCUCAGAAGGAGCUCUUCAUCCUCGCCUGACACGACCCUCAGAAGACGACUGCAGAAGAGCAGAUUGUCUGCAAAUGAUCCUGAAGUGGAAGGGAGCAAAGCUGGAUGAAGGACAGUAUGAACGAGCAGCCAUCGAUGCUGUCGAUAACAAAAAAAAUACACCUUUGCACUAUGCUGCUGCCUCAGGGAUGAAAACCUGUGUCGAGGUAAAACUUGUAUAAUCAGAAGUGUGUAUAAUGUUGUUAGUAAACGACAUGCACAGUGUUUCACAAAGCUGUUUUGGGGAAAAAACAUCUGAUAUAGUACGUUGAAUUAACUUUUAAAUUCUGUUUUUCAUUAAUUGGAAAAAUAACAAAGAUGAGCAGCC